AUGGAGGGUGGAUGGUGUCAGAGGGGAGGUGGGCGUGAGAGCAGUGCAGGGGUGUACAGUAUCAAGCAAGAAGCUUACCUCUUCCAAUUCCCUUUCCCCUGUGUCACCUGGAAACCGCCACGCAUCCACGCAGACGCGUGUGCCACGGUGGACUGCGGGUUAGACGCGUACUGCUCUGCGGCCGAUGAUGGCUCCACGGAGUGCCUGUGCGGCGUCAUUGGCUAUGCCUUCAACGAGGCGACCAAGACAUGCAUUGACCCGUGCCCAUCAGUGCAGUGUCCGGAGAAGGCGGAGUGCGUGGCAAGAGGGGGAAAGGGGGAGUGCGAGUGCGAGCUGGGGUACAUCAUGCAGAACGGCGCCUGCACUGACGGCUUGCUGCAGACGGGGGUGGAGGUGGAGGGCCUCAACUAUCUCUCGCUGCUCACCUUUGAGAGCCCCGUGCCCAUGGCGCAAGCCACUGGCGCCACCGCCUGCACCAACGUCAGCGACCCGGGCGGCAGCAACACCAGGAUCACCGUGGAGUGGACGUCGAUUGGAGUGUACACGGUUGGCAACGGCAUGUGCAAGAGCGUCUCGUUUCACGCUGACCCGGUCUGUGCCGACAAGCCCGGUUUGACCAUCGCUCGCCCGGGUUUGACCAAGGUCGGCGGCUUCUUCCCCGUCACAACAAGGACUGUGAAAGCAGCCCCGCCGCAAUCAGUGAGCUGCGAAAUCACCACGUGUCACAAGGACUGCGGCAGUGCAGAGUGCGUGGUGAAGGGGGGCGUGUCCCAGUGCAAGUGCCCCUGGAGUUUUGUGUUCGACAAUGCUCUGAAGCGCUGCACCAACAAGUCUCCCAGCAGCACGGACACAGACCCUAGCGAAGGUGCAGACCUAUGUGAGUCAGUCAAGUGCGCGAGGAACUCCCAGUGCGUGGUGAGGAACGGACAGCCCAUGUGCGAGUGUCACGCCGGCUACACCAAGGUCAACAAGGGCCUCUGCACUGCCAUCUGCAAGCCUGACUGCCCUGCAAAUGGCCAGUGCAUGGUGGUGGGAGGAAAGCCCGUGUGUCGGUGCAAAGCGGGUUUCCGACAGGACAAGAGCACGUGCACACCCGUGUGCAAGCCUGCCUGCCGUGCCAAUGCCCAGUGCAUGGCGGUGAAAGGAAAGCCAGUGUGUCAGUGCAACACAGGGUUCAGAUCCGUCAACAACAAGUGCACACCUGUGUGCAAGCCUAGCUGCGGUGCUAAUUCCCAGUGCGUGGCGGUGAGAGGAAAGCCAAUGUGUCAGUGCAACACGGGGUUCAAGCCGGUCAACAACAAGUGCACACCCGUGUGCAAGCCUGCGUGCGGUGCUAAUUCCCAGUGCAUGGCGGUGAGAGGAAAGCCAAUGUGUCAGUGCAGCUCAGGGUUCCAGCUCGUCAACAGCAAGUGCACAC